AUGCUUACCUUUCUUGAGAUUGGAUACUACCAAAAUGCGGCCUAUGGAUUCAUUUUCAACGGUGGACAGAGUGUGUUUGGUGUUGACAUUGUGGUUUCUACACCCUCUGCAUGGGAAGAUGUCGCUUAUGAACAAAACAUUCCUGACCCUGUUCUCAAUUGGAGAAUCAUCAAAUUCUCUGUUGGCGCUCAUGUCUCUUACACUUCUGAUAUCUUUUCUUCCGGAGGAAGAAACUGGAUAUUGAAAGUGUAUCCAAAUGGAGUUGGGUCUGCUACUGGUAAUUCGUUGUCACUAUACUUGCUGAGUGCGUCAAACCAGAAGGGUUACGUGAAAGCCAAGUUUAGAGUUAUUAACCAGACUCCAUCCAACAAUGUGGAGAAACAAGUGGAGGGAUGGCCAAAUGCGCAAGAAAAUGGAUGGGGUGUCGACAAACUUAUACCUCUGACAGAUCUCAAGGAUACGUCCAAAGGUUUCCUCGUCAACGAUGUCAUCAGAUUUGAAGUCGAGAUCCUGGCCUUCUCUAGAACCUGA